GUAUAAACUCGACCGCGAUCUUAGUCCUAACAGUACCCGUGCAGUGGCGGAACAUAGCACACAAAUCAACUAAUUUAAUAUCUUCACGUAUACUACACUAAUUGCAGAAUGUUUUCACUGAAGAAGUAUAUCAUGUAUUUUUUGAUGGUCUCCAUUGCUGUUGCCGGGAAAUAUAAGAAGGUGAAACCGAAGAAGUUAGUAUCAUCUACUGCUAAGGGUAUCCAGUGCUAUAACUGUUUAUCAUUUGAUCAUCCCGGUUGUUGGGACCCGGACCACCCGGACUACGCUAAUAAGACGGUUCCAAACAUUGAUUGCUACAUUCCUGGAAUGGCGUUCCUCUGCAUUAUAAUUACUGCCGAGUCUGCUAAACUUGUGGAGACCGGCCAAGAAAUAGGUCCAGUACGCGCCCGCACAUGCGUGCCUGCAAAAGACUUUUCCAAGAAAACCGUAUCGUAUUCCAUGUGCAGUAAACUGAGCAAAGAAUUAUCUGCCUCGGAAAUUUUCUCGCGCAUUGCUGUAAGCCGACCACAGUGCACCCUGUGUAAGAAACAUUUAUGUACAGACGCGUCAUACUGCUAAGAUUUAAAUAAAAGCAGUUUAAGUAUUCGUAAAAC